AUGCGGCUCGUCGUGAUCGCGUUGUGCCUGUUCGUGACUGUGGCAUCUGCUGCGCGCCGGCCCGUGAGGAAUCGAGGGAGGCAGUUGCGCAGAAACGAAGUUGGGUCUCUACUGGAGCCCCAGUACUGGGAUCCACAGCUAAGCAACACGGAUCCUCUGGAGCCCGUGCCACCAAGCGUGUCGAUCGAAGGCCGCCAGUACUACCAGCCCCAGGGUGGCUACGGCGGUGGCGGUGGUUACCCUGGCCAAGGAGGCUCGGGCGGAUAUCCCGGUCAGGGUGGAAGCGGCUCUAGUGGCUACCCGGGGCAGGGUGGGCUCCCAGGCAGCGGAGGCUCCGGCGGCUCGGGUGGUUCCGGCGGACAGCCAGGCAGCGGAGGUUCCGGUGGUUCCGGGGGCUCUGGUGGUUCGGGUGGAAGCUCAGGCAGCGGGGGUUCCGGGGGCUCUGGUGGUUCUGGGGGCUCCGGGGGCUCUGGUGGUACCGGCGGCGAUGGCAACGAGAACGAGAUCCCGAGACCCAUCCCCGGCAAGCCUGGCAAGCCUCAGAGACCUCAGGGCUGCUUGGGCGACAGAGGACAGUUUCCCAGUUCCAAGAGCUGCGCCCACUACCUAAACUGCUGGGACGACGUGGCCAUUGAGCAGACGUGCCCCAGCGGUCUACUCUUCAACGAGAAAAAGCAGUACUGCGACUUUGCGUACAACGUCAACUGUGGCGGCAGACCCAAACCCCAACAAAAGCCAUCGCUGCCCGGAGGAUCGAAGCGCUGCCCGGAGCCGAAUGGCCGCUACAGGAGCGCGACGAAUUGCUCCGUCUUUUACGUCUGCGUCGCCGGAAGCCCGAUCAAGUUCAACUGCCCCGAGGGACUUGCCUACAGCGAGGAGACGCAGAUCUGCGACUGGCCGUCCAAGGUGGACUGCAAGGGCGCCGCGACCCCGAGGCCGCUGACCACCACGGAGGCUCCCCCGCAGCCGUCGAGGCCGACCCAACGACCCCCUUCCUCGUCAACCGGAGGUAGCGGUGGCAGCGGGGGUAGCGGUGGUAGCGGUGGAUCGGGCAGCAACGCAGGACAACAGCAGCCGGGCGAGAGCAACAACGGGGCCGAGGCGAACCCUAACCCGAACCCACCCUACAACCCGAACGAGCCCGAGGUGCCCGGACCCAUCAACCCCUACACCACCGGCAAGACCUUCUUGCUGAGGGGCAGGCCCGAGUUUUGGCAGCAGAGGCAGGCCGUCCUACAGCCUGAGUUCGAGAGGGACCUCCAGGCCAUCAAGGAAUCGGAGCACGAGGAGGCCGACCCCGAGUUCGACAGCUCGACGAUACCAGCGUCGGCGAACCCGUGGGAGGUGUUCCACACGAUACCCCAGGAGUUCGCGAAAGUACCGUGCGACAACGGCGAGGUGAACCGAUUGACCGAGGCCUGCUCGAGCGUCGUGGUGUGCAGGAACCGCAGACCCCAGCUGAUCAAUUGCCAAACCGGCUAUGCCUACGACUACCCCUCGGACUCGUGCCGGCCCUUCAGCAUAGCCAAGUGCAGCAGCAGUUAA